CAACAUGAGCAUGACCUCUGAUUUCAAAAAAUACCCAAAAAAAUAUUGCACUGAUUUUCUCUCUCUACCUCUCUUUCUCUCUCUAAAAUUAGGAAGAACUGAACGAAGAAAGCGCAGAUAAUAAUUUCUUUCCCCCAAAAACGGCAUCAUAUCCCUUUACCCUCCUUACCACUGAGCUUCAAAUUUCAUCCCUCCCAAAACACAAAAACUAAAAAAUAAAAAAACUAAAAAAAUUAGUAAGAACAAAAGUAAUAAUUUUUACAAGAAAAGAAAGAAAUUUUGGAAGUAGUAGUGAAGAACUUUUAGAAAGUUUUUUUUUUUUUUCGUAGAUUUUUUUCCUGGGGUUUGUGUAAUUUCUGGGUUUGAUUCCAUAUGUAAAUGCAUCAGAAAAAAUCUGAAGUUCAGAUCGGAAAAGAAAGCAGUGGCAUCUCUUCCGAUUUCAACCCAAGUCCACCAUCUUUUUUUCCAUCUUUAAUCACCCAAAAACACCCAAAUUUUGGCAAUUUUAACCAUUUUAAUCAUCAAAUUAUUGAGUUUCAAUCAAACCCACCUCUCAGUUCUUCAAUAGGUCCAAUUUCUGGUGUUUUGGAUCCAAUUUUAGUGAAGAAUGAUCCCAAUUUUGGGUCAAUUCCAUCACCUUCAUCUUCAGCAUCAACACCUAAAAACCCCCUUUUGUCAACUCCCCAUAAGAGGCCUUUGAUGAACCCAACUCAAUCCCUUGUUAAGUCCCCUACUUUACCUUCAUCUCUUAGCAAUUACCCUUUUUCUUCAACACCCACAUCGGAUAUCAAGUAUUUUACGGUGAAUUCACGGUGUGCAUCAUUGUUAUUGGUGGUUUCAACAGCGAAAUCGGCUGCGUUUCGGUUAAUCCGCCGGUGUCGCCACCUUCGCCGGCUUCGGGUUCACCUGCGCCUGCUGCUUUUGCUUGCCUUGCCCUUUUUUUACUUCUUGGUAUCACAUCCUAGUCACUCUUUCAUUCUUGAUUUUCUUUCUGCAUUUGCAUUUUCUGCUGCUCUUUUGUUCUCCCUUAACCUUGCCUUACCUAGACUCCCCUCAAUUAGGGUGUUCCUUAAUCGCUCAUUCCCUUUCCCUAUCAAGUUAUCGUCACCUUCAGCCGCUUCCAGGCCUUUGCCGGUGUUUUGGUCAAUUGGUUCUAGGUCAAAAGUUGAGAAGAAAGUUAGCUCAGGAUGUUGGGUUCAAGUUUAUAGCAAUGGAGAUGUAUAUGAGGGUGAAUUUCAUAAGGGCAAGUGUUCUGGUAGUGGGGUGUAUUAUUACUAUAUGAGUGGGAGGUAUGAAGGAGAUUGGAUUGAUGGGAAAUAUGAUGGACAUGGAGUGGAAACAUGGGCUCGAGGGAGCCGGUAUCGAGGACAGUAUAGGCAGGGUCUUAGACAUGGUUUUGGAGUGUAUAGGUUUUAUACAGGGGAUGUAUAUGCAGGCGAGUGGUCUAAUGGGCAGAGCCAUGGUUGUGGGAAACAUACUUGCGAGGAUGGUAGCCGAUAUGUUGGUGAAUUCAAGUGGGGCGUUAAGCAUGGGCUUGGUCACUACCAUUUUAGUCUGUGGUUAUCUUCCAGGAAUGGGGACACAUAUGCUGGAGAGUACUUUGCAGACAAAAUGCAUGGGUUUGGAGUGUAUAAAUUUGCGAAUGGGCAUCGGUAUGAAGGAGCGUGGCAUGAAGGUAGAAGGCAAGGUCUUGGAAUGUACACAUUUAGGAAUGGAGAAACCCAAGCAGGCCAUUGGAAUAAUGGAAUACUUGAUGUCCCAAGCACACAAAACGCGACGUGUCCUGUAUCUCCAGUUGCUGUUAAUCAUUCCAAAGUACUAAAUGCGGUUCAGGAAGCAAGACGAGCAGCAGAGAAAGCAUAUGAUGUUGCCAAGGUUGAUGAGAGGGUAAAUAGAGCUGUGACUGCUGCUAACCGAGCAGCUAACGCUGCGAGAGUAGCAGCAGUAAAAGCUGUUCAGAAGCAAAUGCAUCAUGACAUAAAGCAUGACCACCAAACUCCUGCUCCAAUUGUGUGACCAUUGAUUAUCAUCAGUUUUCUUUGGAAGACGUAGCAGCUGAGCUGAGUAAGUGAGUGAUUAUCAUAUCGAUGCUCUCCACUUGUGUGAUCGGCUUUAGCAUCUUGCCUUAGUUUGAGAGGGUUAAACCCGUAUCGCUUAAAAUAGAGAAAUACACUCACUUGUAGUUGAAACAAAAGUAAGUCGGUCUUAAUUUUUGUCAUGUUAUUUCCCAUUAAGCUUCCUCUUUCGGAAGAAGAUAUGGGUGCUGUGUUUAGUUUUGCCCUUUUGUGGUUUCAAUUUGUAUAAAAGAAAAGUCAGGUGUAAUAGGAGCUGGUGCUUAGGUCAAAACCUUAAUCCGGCCGGUGUUGUUGAAAUGAAAAAUCUAGAGAAAGUUCAUGUAACCAACCCUUUUUGUUAGUCUAAAGUUGAGAUAAUAUCAUUUAUUA